AUGGCCGAGGGUGUGCCCGCAUCCCCCAAUCGCAGCCUGCACAGCGCCAUCAUCCGGUGGUUGGUGGACAAUUUCUGCAUUUGUGAAGGAUAUAGUGUGCCUCGCUGCCUCAUGUAUGAUAUUUAUGUGGAGACCUGUGGGAAAAAUGUUCAGAACCAAGUCAACCCUGCCACAUUUGGAAAGCUCGUGCGCUUGGUUUUUCCUGAUCUUGGCACCCGGCGAUUAGGCACAAGAGGAAGUGCCAGAUAUCAUUAUGAUGGAAUAUGCAUCAAGAGGAGUUCAUUCUUCUAUGACCAGUAUUGCUACCUUCUGGGUGAAAAACAGUAUCACAGUGGAGAUGUCGCUGCCUUUGAAAAAUCCCCUAAUUUUAGCAGCCUUAUCCAGCAAGAAGAAACAUGUGAAGAUGUUUUGCCAGUGAAGACAGACCCAGGAGAAUCAACUUUGUCUGAAUUCAGAAGAUGUCCAUUCUGGGAGCAAGAACUGGCAAAGAAAUAUUCCUGCAAAAUGAUGGCCUUCCUAGCUGAUGAAUAUUGCAACUAUUGUCAAGACAUUUUACAGAACGUGAGGAACCAAGAACUGGAAAGGGUGGAAGAUUUGCUUACUUCCUUCUGGAAAUCUCUGCAGCAGGACACAGUCAUGCUGAUGUCAUUGCCUGAUGUAUGCCAGCUCUUUAAAUGCUAUGAUGUGCAGCUGUACAAGGGACUUGAGAAUGUUCUUCUCCGAGACUUCUUGGAAGAUGUUUCUAUUCAGUAUCUGAAAUCUGUCCGCUUAUUUAGUAAGAAAUUUAAGCUGUGGCUACUUAACGCUUUGGAAGGCUUCCCAGCCCUCUUGCAGCUCUCCAAACUCAAAGAAGUUACUGUGUUUGUGAAAAGACUCAGAAGAAAGACAUACCUUUCCAACAUGGCGAAGACUAUGAAAAUGGUUUUGAGAAAUAACAGAAGAGUCAGCAUUCUGAAGUCUGAUCUCUAUGCCAUCAUUAGUCAAAACACUUGGGAUAUUUCUAAGACACCUCAGCCCAGUGACCAGAGCAGCAUGGAAGAGGUGGAAGACGACACAGAGACAAAAUGCCUGAGCACUUUAAUUUCUUUGUUGGGGACAACAGCAGAUCUCAGCAUAUUCCUGAACUGUCUGUCUGCAAAUCUCCAAGCUUUUGUCUUCCAGCCUAGCAGAAGCAAAGAGGAUUUCAUCAAGCUGGCUGCCAGCUUUCAGCUAAGAUGGAAUUUCCUUCUCACCACUGUGAGCAAAGCCAUGACUCUCUGCCACAGGGAGAGUUUUGGCUCCUGGCAUCUAUUUCAUUUGCUGCUUCUGGAAUACGUGAUUCAUAUUCUUCAGUCAUACAUGGAAGAGGAAGAGGAAGAGGAGGAAGAGGUAGAUGUGGGACAACUCAAGGAAGGGCUCCCAGCUGACCAGCUUCUCAUCCAGCCAGAUCAGGCACUCUUCCACCCUCCAGACUCUUCGCCCACUCAGGAGAACACCAACUCGAGCCUGGACCUGCCCCAGGUGACGCUGAAGCAUGUGAGCCAGAGCCAGUGUCCCGUGGGCGAGAGCAGCAUGACACUCAGGGUCCUGGGCUUCCUCACAGACAUGGCCACAGGCAAUAAGCUCAUCCAAGUAUUGUUAGAAGACAAGUCCACUUCAAGCAACAUCAAACUCAGCCUUCCUGUGGGACAAGAAGCUCUUGUAACCCUCAGAGAUGGACAAAGAUUUGUGAUUCACAUAUCAGAUAUACCCCAAAACUCUGAGAACAUUUAA